GGCAUACUAGGGAGUUGGAAGUAGGUGGAGGAAGUUCCUCCAAAAAUGUGCUCACUUGUGAGAUGAUUAAGAAAGAGGAAGAGAGAGAUGAAUCCAUGGCAAAACUUGUCACCCAAAUGGACCUUCUUACAAAACAUGUCAUGGGUGGUGGAAGCAAAAUGGUGAAUGCGGUAGGAUCUUGUGAAGGGGGUUCUGUGGAUGAGCAAUGUUUCCAAAUGUAUGAUGAGGAGGCAAGUUAUAUCAACAAUCAAAGGGAGGGCUCCCGGCCAAACUACCAAGGUCUUAAUCAAGGAUCUUGGCGGCAAGGUCAAGGGAAUCAAGGUUGGAACAAGGAUCAAGGUAACUCGAGUUGGAGAGAUAAUCGCGACAACAAUCAAGGGGGUUACAACAACAACUACAACAAUCAUCGGAGUUCAAAUCCGUAUGUCCCUCCAAAGGGGAAUCAACAAAACUCUAGUCAACCGCCUACUAGCGACCCCGCUAGUUCAAAAAUCGAAGAUAUGUUGUCAAGAGUGUUGAAGAAAGUGGAAUCCACCGAUACCUUUUGCAAGGAGACAAGAGAUGAAGUGAAAUCAAUGGGGCAAGUUGUAAGUUUGCACUCUACCUCCAUUAAAAAAUUAGAGUCUCAACUUGGCCAAAUCUCGGCUAUCCUCAACCAAAGGCAAAAAGGCACACUCCCUAGUGAUACGGUUGCAAAUCCAAGGAAUGAUGGUGAUCAUAAAUGCAAUGCAAUCACUACUAGGAGUGGCAAAACAAUUGGGGAAGAGGCAUUGGUGAAAGAUGAUGUGGUGGUUGAUGAUGAGAAAAAUAGUUGAAGAACCCAUCGUUGUUGAGGAAGAAGUGACUCCAAAGAAGAAGCGGGAUAGUAUUGAAAAGCCCAUUAUUGUGGAAGACGGUCCGGAAAUUGAAAAAGCUUCAAAAGGCAAGGAAGCGGUAGAGGAGGUGCCAAGGGCUUCACCGCCCGUUCCAAAGCCUCCUCCUCCAUUUCCUCAACGAUUGGCAAAAAAAGCGGAUGAUGAAAAAUUUCUCAAGUUUAUAGAGAGAUUGAAAGGGCUUUCAAUUAACAUUCCCUUGGUGGAAGCACUUGAACAAAUGCCCGAUUAUGCCAAAUUCAUGAAAGAUCUUGUAACCAAGAGGAGGCAUGCUAGUUUUGAAACGAUGGGAGUUACACAUCAUUGUAGCUCUAUUGUGACAAAGGCCUUGGUUCAAAAGAAAGAAGAUCCGGGAGCUUUCACCAUCCCUUGCACAAUUGGCAUGUAUAAAUUUGGCAAAGCACUAUGUGAUCUUGGAGCAAGCAUUAACUUGACCCCGCUUGCUAUUUUUAACAAGUUGGGUUUGGGCACUCCCCGACCCACAACAAUGAGAUUACUAAUGGCGGAUAGAACCGUGAAGAGACCGGUUGGUAUCCUCUAUGAUGUGCUUGUGAGAGUUGAUCGAUUCAUUUUUCCGGCCGAUUUUGUGAUCUUGGAUUGUGAAGUUGAUUUCAAGGUGCCCAUAAUCUUGGGGAGACCUUUCUUGUCCACGGGGCAUGCUCUUGUAGAUGUGGAGAGGGGUGACCUAAAAUUUAGAAUGAAUGAUGAAGAAGUCACUUUCCAUAUUUGCAAGUCAAUGAAACAACCGACGGAUAUGAGUGUUGUGUCGGUUAUUGAUACAAUUGAUGAAGCCAUGGAUACAACCGUUGAGCAUGAGCAUGUGGGUGAUAUGUUGGCGGCGGUGAUAAUGAACUAUGAGGGGGAAGAUAAAGAAGAGUUCGAGGAGACGGUUAAUGCAUUGAUUGGGUUGGGGUCAUACCAUUACAAUCCAAAGAAGCUUGAUCUUGAUUUAGAAAACUGAGCAACUCCUCCCGCAAAGCCUUCUAUUAUUGAGCCUCCUACUUUGGAACUCAAACCUCUUCCUUCACACUUGAGGUAUGAAUUCCUUGGUCCUAACAACACAUUGCCCGUGAUUAUUUCCGCCCGGUUGACGGAUGAACAACGAGAAAGGUUGUUAGUAAUCUUGAGAAGAUACAAAAAAGCUAUUGGUUGGUGUAUUGCGGAUAUCCAAGGGAUUUCGCUCGGUAUUUGUACUCAUAAAAUUCAACUUGAUGAAGAAUGUGAGCUAAGUGUUGAACAUCAAAGGAGGUUGAAUCCUCCUAUGCAAGAGGUUGUGAAGAUCGAAAUCAUCAAGUGGUUAGAUGCCGGUGUUGUGUACCCUAUAUCGGAUAGCUCUUGGGUUAGUCCGGUUCAAUGCGUGCCCAAAAAGGGUGGAAUCACCGUGGUUGCAAAUGCUAAAAAUGAAUUGAUUCCCACUCGCAUGGUCAUCGGAUGGCGGGUUUGCAUGGAUUAUCGGAAGUUGAACAAGUGGACAAAAAAGGACCACUUCCCAAUGCCAUUCAUGGAUCAAAUGCUUGAUAGGCUUGCGGGAAGGGAUUAUUAUUGCUUUCUUGAUGGCUAUUCCGGGUACAACCAAAUCACCAUUGCCCCCGAGGAUCAAGAGAA